AUGUCCACCCCCUCCUCCGCCACCCCCUCCCCCCUCUCCACCCACUUCCCCUCCACAACCACCACUCCCCCCAACGACCCCACCGCCGCCUACGCCACGCUCAUCACCUCCCCCUCCUACCUCCCCGGCGCCAUCCUCCUCGCGCACACCCUCAAAAAACACGGUUCCCAAUUCCCGCUCAUCCUCAUGUACGCCAAUCUCCCCUCGCACUACCUCCCAGCCCUCAAGCGCGAAGCCCUCCACUCAAACAUAAUUCUCCACCCCACCCCCCUCCUAAACCUCAGCCCCAACUCCGGGGUCGCCGCCCGCUUCGCCUCGACCUGGACCAAACUCCAAGUAUUCUCCCUGUACACCUACCCCUACGAGCGAAUCUGUUUCCUGGACGCCGACAUCCUCAUCUUCGGACCCAUGGACGAACUCGUUUUCAAACACCCGCUCACCAAUCCGUCCAUCCCGGGUGAAGCCGGCAAACUCCUCGCCGCGAACCACGUCUGCGUGUGCAACCUCGAAAACGACGCCUGGGCCCCCGAGUCCUGGAAGCGCGAAAACUGCGCUUAUGUAACACCUAGUCCCAACCCCGUCAAACACAAUCCACCCGUACCAUCUGGAGCCAGCGGGAAGCAAACACAUACGCUUCUCAACUCUGGCGUGUUUAUUUUUGCGCCCAGCAAGGAAACGUGGGAUGAUAUGUGGAAAUUUAUCGAUACGCAUCAGACGGAGAUUGCGAGCUAUCAAUUUCCGGAUCAGGAUUUCAUCACUGAGUGGUGGCGCGAUAGAUGGGUGAGCAUAGGGUGGAAAUGGAAUGCUUUGAAAACAUGGCGGUAUUGGCAUCCGGAGAUGUGGCGCGAUGAGGAGGUGAGAGGUCUGCAUUACAUAGUUGAUAAGCCGUGGUCGAAACGUAUGGGUGCAGAUGGGGUAGCGGGGUAUAAGGGGAAUGAUGGGGUAACGCAUGGAUGGUGGUGGGAUGCUUAUGCUAAGUGGGAGAAAGAAAGGAAAGAAGCGGGGGAGACGGACAUUUUGAAGUUGGUAGGGGAAUUGGUAGAUUAG